GCCUCCGCUGACUUUUUUCGCUGAGCGCAGCCGCCUGGCGCCGGUUUCCGCCGGGCUGGAGCGCGCGGGCCACGGCUUCUCUGGGGACGCAGCAGCGAGAAGUGAGGACCUGGGCGCGCGCCCCGCGCCCGGCUCUCCCGGCCCGCGCCCCGGCCCCCGGCCCGCGCCCCGGCCGCCGGCAUGGUGCUGCUGGCCGGGACCGGGCCGGAGGGCGGCGGGGCGCGCUGCAUGACUCCGCCACCGCCGUCCCCACCCCAGGGCGCGCAGGUCGAGGAGGACCCCGCUGACUACGAAGAGUUCGAGGACUUCUCGAGUCUGCCCGACACCCGCAGCAUCGCCUCGGACGACUCUUUCUACCCUUUCGAGGACGAGGAGGAGCAAGGCGUCGAGAGCGCGGAGAGCGUCCCGGAGGGCGUCCCGGAGGCGGCGAGCCUCCUGCGCGCGGCCUGCGCCAACGACGUGGGGCUGUUGCGGGCACUGGUGCGGCGCGGAGUGAGCGUCGAGGAGGCGCAGGAGACAGACCGCAACGGCCGGACUGGCCUUAUUGUCGCCUGCUACCACGGCUUUGUGGAUAUCGUGGUGGCCUUAGCAGAGUGCCCCCACGUUGACGUCAACUGGCAGGACAGCGAGGGGAACACAGCCCUAAUCACAGCUGCACAGGCAGGGCACGCGAUCAUCACCAACUACUUGUUGAACUAUUUCCCCGGUCUUGACCUCGAAAGGAGGAACGCCUUCGGGUUCACCGCCCUGAUGAAAGCCGCCAUGCAGGGUCGAACGGACUGCAUCCGAGCCCUGAUGCUGGCAGGGGCGGAUGUCCACGCGAGGGACCCCCGCCGUGGGAUGUCGCCGCAAGAGUGGGCCGCUUACACGGGCCGCGUGGAUGCCGUUCGCCUCAUGCAGAGGCUGCUGGAGCGCCCCUGCCCGGAGCAGUUUGGGGAAAAGUACCGGCCAGAGCUGCCGCCGCCCCCCGAGGCUGCGAGGAAGCCCGCGGGCUCCAAGAACUGCCUGCAGAGGCUCACGGACUGCGUGCUGUCCGCGCUCACGCCGCGCUCCGUGCGGAGCCCAGAGGAUGGGGGCGCCCUGGACCACAUGGUCAGGAUGACCACCAGCCUCUACAGCCCCGCGGUGGCCAUCGUGUGCCAGACCGUGUGUCCCGAAAGCCCCCCGUGCGUGGGGAAGCGGCGGCUGGCAGUGCAGGAGAUCCUGGCGGCGCGGGGGCCCCGGGCGCAUGAGACGGAGGAGGCAGGGGGCGCGGGGCAGCGCGGGCGGACAGGCCCGGCAGACGUAGGCUCCCAGGAGGGAUCCCCGAGAGCCAGCCUCCCGCCCGCCCCGCCGCCGGGGUCCCGGGGCCCCGCCGCGCCCGCCCCGCGGAAGUCCAGCCUCCUGCCCCUGCAGCGCCUGCGGCGGAGCAGCGUGCGGCCCGGAGUGGUGGUGCCCCGGGUCCGCGUCUCCAAGGCGCCGGCGCCCACCUUCCAGCCCGAGCGGCCUGCGCGGAAGGGCAGCACCAAGGACAGCGGCCACCUGCAGAUCCCCAAGUGGCGGUACAAGGAGGCCAAGGAGGAGAAGCGCAAGGCGGAGGAGGCGGAGAAGAAGCGCCAGGCCGAUGCGCAGAAGGAGAAGCGCCCACCGCCUUGGAAGAAGAGGACGUGAGGGCCUGUGUGCUCUGCGCGGGGUCCAGGGCCAGGGCGAGGCCGCGGGGCUGGGUGCGGAGGAGGAGGCGGCUCCGCUGCGCUGGGUGCGAGGAGCAGCACUGCUGCUUCCAGGACCACGGGGCCGCGCACGUUUCCAAGCUGUCUGUCUAGGAUGCUCCCAGGAGGGGGCUGGGGGAGCCACUUUGAUUCGCCUGUCAUCAGCCCCCUGGCAAUCAGUACACCUAGCGGGCAUGUUGCCUAGAAGACUCCUUUUAGAGAACCUGAAUUAAGAUUUUUUUUUUUUUUUUAAAGAUCAAUUUAUCAAAGGGCAUUUUCUGCGUAAUUUUGUAUUUUUAAUCAUUAUUUAUCAAAUUUGCAACGUUUUACGAGUGAUAGGGCCCCUUGUAUCCAAGGCAGUUUUAAUACACUUGCCCGAAAACCUUUUGUUUUAAAUACUGUUUCUAGCGUUAAAUAUUUAUGGUAUCUGUAUGAGUUCACACAGAAAUCCUGGGAUUCUCCUUUUUUUGGCUGUUUGUUUUGGUGUUUUCUCCUCAUCGUGGGUGCAGAUACAAACUGAAUGUUCUUUUUAAUUAGAUGAAAUGAUGCCAGAUAUUUCUAUUUGAUGGAGGUAUUGUCUCAUUCAGACACAUGAUCAAGUGAGACAGAGAGAUCAGAUGUUAUUCUAUCUUUUAAAAACUCUUAAUACAGUAAUAUAUUGGGGAAAAACAUAUAUCGUCAAAUUAUAAAACAAUUCAGAGAUAAACAUGUAUUUAUUGCUAGAAUUAAACUCAUUUUAAGCAAGGGGUUUUAGCUAAACGAUAAAAAAAAACUUUAACUUAUUUAAAAUAGGAGAAAAAACUGUCAUUUGAUAAAAUGGAAGCAAAUUUAGUAAAUGAUUAUCAGAAAUACAAAAUUAAGCCAUAUGCGCUCUUAAGUAAAUCGAAUCCAGAUAUCCUUAAAAUGUAAGAAAGAUGUAACAGAGUCAGGAGCCCAAAACCAUGCGAAUUACAGGAAAGGGGGGGAGGUGGUUUUGAGAACAGGUGAUGAGAAUGGAAUAGGAAGUAAACUUGUUUUGGGCAAAUUCUCCUGGAGUGGUCUGGGGAGCCCCUCCUCCAGACUCAGUUCCAAAGAAUCCCUUGUGUGGUUAUUUCUUUUAUUUUUCCUUUGAGGACUGCACUUGGUAUUUAGUUCAUCCUCAUGCUAACCUCAUAGAAUUUCCAAGACGUGGAGCCUUGGGCAGGGCAGGGCAUGGGUGUGAUUUGCCUUGGGCCGAAAGCUCUCAGUGAGAGUUUUAUGUCCACACUUUUAUUUCCAAAGUGACAUGGAGAUCACUUUUCUCAGUGGUCCAAUUAGAAUUUAUCAAAGAGCGUUUUCUGCAUAAUUUUGUAUUUUUAAUCAUUAUCAGAUUUGCAGCAUUCUAAUUUGGCAGGGCAGGGUAUGAAAGCUGGAAGCUCAGGCAGGAGUUUCUCAUUGUAAUGACUCUCACCAUGUGGGUUGUAGAGUAUCUGUCACAUAUGCACUUUAUUUCAGUAUUAAUUUAAAUACUUGGAUGCACACGCUCACAGGCCUAUUUGGAGGCUCUGUCCUAUGACACCUAAUAAUUCUAGGUACAUCGUGAUACGGAGUGUCUGUCUCAGGACACAAGCAGGGCUGGCGCAGGCUUCUCCGGGCUCCCUUCCUCCUGGCACCAUCAGGCAUCAAGCAACCAGGAAUCUGAGACUGGCCUCCUGAAAGCUCCACUGAACAGGACUGCAGGCUGCACCCAGGCUAAUGGGAGACUGGUGUGACGAUGAUACCGUGUUUAAGAUCAGACUUCUUGCAUGAUCCCAAAAGGCACUGUGAUGAAUGCACUGGGGAACUAGACCCUCUUUGAGAACUGCAGGUAUUAGUUGACUGUGAGUCACCCUCAUGGCCAAGGAGUUGGGAUUGGCCAUGUCCCCUUCGAGCAGGUGGGGACUGUGACUGACACCGGUUAUCUUUGGGGGUUGUCUUUGCUGAAUCCUCUGGCAUUGUGGCACCUUCCUGCCACACGUACACAAUUCACAGCAUUACCAAGUCACCACGAGCCCCACCCUCACCUUUGUCAACUGAGGACCCCGCCAGGCAGGACCACAUGGUCUUCCAGGCAUGCUUCUCGACACCAGCUACCCCCGCUGUGAAAGUUCUCAAGGCAUUGGCUGGGGAAGAUGAGCCCUGGGCCUGUCCUGAAGCUCCGCAGAUGACUGCUCAGCCUGCAUGGAGAACUGUAGUGCUAACACUGUGACUGCGAGGGGAGAGGACACCCAUCCCAAGCUCCCACAAAGGGCUUCGCCUUCUCAAGAAUGUCUCAUUGUCAUGGGAACAGCCAGGGUCAGGCAGCUUCUGUGUGGACUGAUGUGGCGUCUGACCCUUGGAGCAUUGCCAGGCAUCCUGCCUGUUUCCACUGAGGGAAGUUGGCACUGGGAAUGGUAUGGAGUCCCCACUUCUACCCUAAGCCUGGGUGUCUGCUGCUUCCGUGUCAAAAAUGGACAUUUCUGGUCCUGCCGAGCUGCUACCUCACCACAGGCCAUGCUCAGAGUCUGCAGGGACAGCAAACGGCUGGCGAUUUCCCUAGGUCCCACGCUGUUCUGGAGUGGACACGUUGCGGCCCUGCCCCUGAUGUGUUGCAGCCUCAUCCAGGUGCACAGGAGACCCUGGGCCUAGCACAGGGCUUGUCCCGUCAUGCUACUGGCAUCCACAAGAGCUCUAGAGACACCUGCAUUUUGAAAACCCUCCCGAGCCAGCAAGCGUGGGGCAGGACAUGGAAUCUUUUGGCAAAUCUGAAGGCGAGCUGGCCACUUGCCUGGUGAGGGGAAGCUGCUGUUACCUGGCCAGUGUUUGCAACUUGAGGGAAAAUGACAGCUUCAUGGGGGGCUCUGCUGGGACUGGGAAGCCUCACCUCCCAGGCAGCUUUGGUGUGGCCUCAGUGGGAAGACUGGAUUUUGAAAACCCACCAGAUGCAACUGAAAGAAGGGUCAUUCCUGACUGAGUUGGAGACUCCCGGGUCCUCUCUCUCUGGCCUCGUUCUAGCCGUGCUCUGUCUGUGGGCAGCCCUUCCCUCUGGCGCAUGAGGCAGGUCCGGACAGCUUCUGCGGCUGUGCUCGCGGCUGCUGGCCCAGCACUUUUCCUUUUUGCCAUGUAGAAGCAGAUUUGCUAGGAGAGGAAUUUUCCAAGUCAAGGGACAUGUCACCAAGCCUGUUUCCUCCACCGGUGGGGGUAGGGGGGCUUCUGCUCUUGCUUCCUCAUUCUCUUUGGAGUGGGCAUCAGAGGGGACAAGCAGGCCCCCAAUCAGGCUCAGGGAGUGCAGGAAGCCAGGGAGGGAAGCCCAGACGAUGGGGAAACGGAGCCACCUUGAGGGGGUGUUGUGGGAUCAGUGUCAGGGCAAUCUGAUGGGCCAGUUUAUACUUAAGCAACAUUAUUAUGUUCACUUCUUUUGGGUAAGGGAUUCCUCACGGGAGGUGUGGUCAUCUGUUCCCAGAGGUGGAGAGAAACUCCCCCUCGUCUUCCUGAGCCAUUUGGAAGCCCUUUCUUCUAGAUCUAGGUACUGGUAACAUGAGCCCCUCAGUCUUAGGAUGUGGACGGGGCUGGAGGGUACAGGCUUCUUGUCUCCUUCCCCACUCAGCACCAUCAGCAUCCGGCAGUCAGAGGCCUCCCAGUGGCCACUCCAAAAACCUGGUGUCCUUGGAGAACAUUUUUCCUGUUUGUCUAUUUUCAGUGCUUUGAACAGCAGCAUUCACUCACUGAGGACUCGCCCUCCCUGCACCCGCCAUGUGGUUCAGGAAGGAGGGGACUGAUAGGCACUGACCCCUUCUCCUCUCCUGUCAGUGGCCACCACAGGGCCCCCUCUGGCUUUGUCGCCACGUUCUCCCACCCCCCUGUCACCUCGUCUCUUCUUCCUUAUUCCCUUUUCCUUCCUUUGCCUGUUUUCUUCUCACAGCUGCUUCUUGAUCGUCCCUGGCACCACCUACCCUGAGGUCUACCAAGGACAGAAAUGGCAGGACCUCUGUGAGGCAGUGUGGUGUCCCUGUGGGGUUACCAUAGUGGGACCUCCUCGCCCCCAGAGUGAAC